AUGAGGGAAAUCGUUCAUAUUCAAGGAGGACAAUGUGGUAAUCAAAUUGGUGCAAAAUUUUGGGAAGUCAUUUCAAAUGAGCACGGUAUCGACUCAACAGGAAUAUAUCAUGGAGAUUCUGAUCUUCAAUUGGAUAGAAUUAACGUUUACUAUAACGAAGCAACAGGAGGAAGAUAUGUUCCAAGAGCUAUUCUGAUGGAUUUGGAACCAGGUCCAUAAUAAAAUAUAUGAAUAAUAGGAACAAUAGAUUCUGUGAGAGGUGGACCAUUUGGACAAUUGUUCAGACCUGAUAACUUUGUUUUUGGACAAACUGGAGCUGGUAACAACUGGGCCAAGGGUUACUACACUUAAGGUGCAGAAUUGAUUGACUAAGUAAUGGAUGCAGUGAGAUAAGAAGCUGAAGGAUGCGAUUGUUUAUAAGGAUUCUAAAUCACUCAUUCAUUGGGUGGUGGUACAGGAUCAGGAAUGGGAACAUUGUUGAUCUCAAAGGUUAGAGAAGAAUAUCCAGACAGAAUUAUGGAAACAUUCUCAGUUGUGCCAUCACCAAAAGUUUCUGACACAGUUGUUGAGCCAUAUAAUACAAUACUUUCAAUUGAUAAAUUAAUUGAAAAUUCAGAUGAAUGCAUGAUCAUUGAUAAUGAAGCAUUAUAUGAUAUUUGUUUCAGAACAUUUAAAUUGACUACACCAACCUAUGGUGAUUUGAAUCAUUUGGUCUCAACUGCUAUGUCAGGAGUUACAUGUUGUCUAAGAUUUCCAGGUUAAUUAAACUCUGAUAUGAGAAAAAUGGCAUUUAACUUGAUUCCAUUUCCAAGACUCCAUUUCUUCAUGAUUGGUUUUGCUCCACUUACAUCAAGAGGAUCAUAGUAAUAUAGAGAUCUUUCAGUCCCUUAAUUAGCAUAAUAAAUUUUUGAUCCCAGCAAUAUGAUGUGUGCUGCUAAUCCAAGACAUGGAAGAUAUUUGACAGUCUCAGUUUUAUUCAGAGGAAGAGGGAGCCACUCUUAAAUUUACGAAUAUAUACAAAAUACUUCAAAUAUAAAUUCCUCAAACUUUGUUGAAUGGAUCCCAAACAAUGUCAAAUUUUCUAUUUGUGAUAUCCCACCAAAAGGACUGAAGAUUGGAGCUUCAUUACUAGGAAAUUCUACUGCUAUCCAAGAAAUUUUCAAGAGAGUUGGUGAAUAAUUUAUUGCGAUGUUUAGAAAAAAGGCUUUUUUACAUUGGUACACUGAUGAAGGUAUUCUAACAUUUUAAAGUCAUUUUAGGUAUGGAUUAAAUGGAAUUCACAGAAGCUGAAACUAACAUGGAGGAUUUAGUAUCUGAAUAUUAAUAAUAUCAAGAUGUUAUUGAGGAAGAAGAAGGAGAAAGUGAAGCUGAAGUAUGA